AUGGCUGAGGCACGAGCUCGUCUCCAGGCCCUCUCGGAGGAGUAUCAAAAACUUCAGCUGGACCUUCAAUCAUCUGUCGAAUCAAGACAAAAACUUGACGGACAGCGCCAAGAAAACCUCAGCGUGCAAAAGGAAUUUGAGACUUUGGCGGAGGAUGAAACCAUCUACAAGCUUUCUGGCCCGGUUCUAUUAAAACAAGAAAAGUUUGAGGCUGAAAGCACGGUUAAAGGAAGACUGGACUAUAUCAGCAACGAGAUGUCGCGUCUCGAGACACAAAUCAAGGAAACGCAAGGAAAGAUUGAAAAGAAGAGAACAGAAAUUAUCCAGGUCCAAACAGCCGCUCAGCAAGCGGCUGGAAACGCUGGCGGACAGUAG